GGUCACCGCUGGUCACCGCUGGUCAGUUCUGGCCACCUCUGGCCACCUUUGGUCACCUUUGGUCACCUUUGGUCAGGUGUGGGCACCUUUGGUCGCCUCUGGUCACUUCUGAUCACCGCUGGUCACCGCUGGUCACCUCUGGCCAUCUUUGGUCACCGCUGGUCACCUUUUAUCGCCUCUUAUCGCCUCUCACCACCCCCCACCUCUCGCCCGUCACCUCUUUUCACCUCUCACUCCUCGUCACCUCCUUGUCCCUUGUCGCCGCUCGCUUGCCGGAGCUCGACCCUCGCUCGUCCGGGCCAUGUCCCUGCGCGGCGGCCGCGGGCUGCCCGUGUCCCCGCUGCCCUCCCCGGGCACGGCCCCGCUCACGCCGCUGCCGCCGGACGGCGCUGAGAGCCCGGACAGGUACCGGGACACCCCGAGGAGGGGACGUGGGCGGCUGUGGCACCCCCUGGCCCCGGAGCCGCUGGCCUCGGACCGUCCCCGGCACUCGGUGUCCUGGCAGCCCAGGGAUGCAGGAUCGGGGCCGGACUCCCACACGCAGCAGAGCCCCGCGCAGGAAGACUUCCAGAAAACCAUCGCGGAGUUUGGGAGAGCUCUCAAAGACAGGAAGCUCCUUCGCCAGAGGAUCAGCUCCUUGCCGGUGAGUGCUCCAGGAUCCUGCCGGGUGUCCGGCCGAGCCGGGACGAGGAGGAUGGAGCCGGGAGAGAGGGCAGGGCUGUGUAGCACCGCUCACCCCCUGGCUGUCCCGCAGCAGGGCCAGCUGGAAGCCAGCCCGGUGCUGAAGGACAUCUCCCAGCUCCAGGUGCGCAGGGGCAGAGUGCGGCAGAGCGAGCCCGAGGAUGAGGAGGGUUUUGUCCCCAAGAAGCUGCAGAGGCUGGGCCAGCGGAGCCGCCUGCCCGCCGGCCACGGGGCUGCCAGGAGGGACCUCCUUGCCAAGAGCCCCAGCGGCGCCCCAGAGCUGCUGCUGCCGCUGUGGCAGAGCGAUGCCACCGUGCCCCAGGGCAUGGAGAAGCCGGUGACCACGCCAGUGAUAAAGAAGGAGGAGGCAAAGCUGCGUCCAGGCAAGCGCGGCCAGGGCCGGCAGCUCUUCCGCUCGCCCUCGGUGCCCGGCAGUGUCACCGAGCGCCUCCCGAAGCGAGGGCUCCGCUCAGACGGGGACAGCCCUGCCAAUGCCCAGCGGCAGAGCAGGAUGGCCGGCAGCCCUGAGCAGGAGGCGGCGCUGGAGCCGGUGGGUGAUGGGGAAGGUGCGGGGGCAGAGCCAGCCUGUGGCUGGCAGGACUGUGCCAGAGCCCCUGCUGACAUCUGGGGGUGUCUCUGGUCGGUGCCUCCGCAGGGAGCGUGGCUGGAGCCCUGCAGGUCUGCCCAGCUCCAGGAGAUCGAGAACCUGCUGGCCAACGAUGACCAGGAGCUCAUUGGGGACUUCUCCAAGCCUCACCUGCUGCCCACGGUGGAGGGCAAGGACCCGGGCCUGAAGUACAUCUCCCCGGAGACGGUAAGAGGACAGCGGCCCUCCCGCAGCCCCCCGAGGGGCUGCCUGCCUGUUCCCGGCCCCGUGUGUCCCCUCUUGGUGACCCGGUCCCCCCGCAGCUGGUGGCGGUGCUGUCGGGAAGCUACAGCAGCUUCAUCGGGAGCAGCGUCGUUGUGGAUUGCCGGUACCCCUACGAGUACGAGGGAGGCCACGUCAAGGUCAGAAUGCCCUCACCGUGGCCCCGGGGCUGGGAGGAAAGGGGGGUAUCCGAGCCCAAACCAGCCCCAGAGGUGCUGAGCCCACCCUGGGAAGUGCAGAGAAAACAGGGAUUCAGGAUGCCCCGGGAUCUGUUGAGUAACCUCUGAGAGAUUAAGCAGCCCCUCCAAAGAUGCUGAGCUCU